GAGACCUCAGACUUCCGCGGCCCUCUCGCUCUGCCCCUGAGUAGAUACCUCAGGCAGGGUGCCGGACCCAAGGGGUGCCUUGGGAACCGUUCUGCCGCAUGUGAUGAAAGUGUCAGCUCUCAGGGAAGGCACAGCCAUGGCUUCCCCACCACCCCGGGAGAUGGAGGAGGAGCUGGUGUCUGCUGGCUCAGAGCCAGUAGGUGACCCUCGGGCCAAACCCCCCGUCAAGCCCAAACCUCGGGCCCUGCCUGCCAAGCCAGCCCUGCCUGCCAAGCCCAGCCUGCUGGUGCCUGUUGGGCCCCGGCCCCCCCGGGGUCCCCUGGCUGAGUUGCCUUCUGCCCGGAAGAUGAACAUGCUUGCAGGACCCCAGCCUUACGGCGGCAGCAAGCGUCCCCUUCCCUUUGCACCCAGGCCUACUCCUGAGGCCUCCACUGGAGGAGAAGCCACUCGAGAGACUGGGAAAGAGGAGGCCGGGAAAGAAGAGAUGCCCCCUUUGACACCCCCAGCUCGAUGUGCUGCCCCUGGAGGCGUGCGGAAGGCCCCUGCCCCCUUCCGUCCAGCCUCCGAGCGCUUCGCAGCCGCCACGGUGGAGGAGAUCCUGGCCAAGAUGGAGCAGCCUCGGAAGGAAGUCCCCGCCAGUCCCGAUCGCCUCUGGGGCUCCCGCCUCACCUUUAACCACGACGGCAGCUCAAGAUACGGCCCCAGGACAUAUGGCGUGGCCACCGGGCCCAGGGAUGAGGACAGUGGGACCCUGUCCAGGGGAUGGUCCCAGGAGGGGCCAGCCAAGCCUCCCAGCAACCGCCAGGAAAUGCGUAGCAAGACCCCUGAGGAGAGGAACGCCCCCUCGGACCUGGCCUUCAACGGGGACCUGGCUCAGCCAGCCAGCUCGGACCCUCCUGCCGAUGUCUCCAAGCCCUGGGGCCCCAUGAGUCCAGGCUCCACCUCGGAGAAUGGAGGCUUCACCAGCUCAAGCCCCCCAACUGAAGUCUCAGGCCCAGCCCCUGGGUCUCCUCAAUGUCCUUCACCUGCUGAGGGGUCUCCCCGCCUUCCCUCACCCGCUGAGGGGUCUCCCCGCCUUCCCUCACCCGCUGAGGGGUCUCCCCGCCUUCCCUCACCCGCUGAGGGGUCUCCCCGCCUUCCCUCACCUGCUAAGGGAUCUCCCCGACUUUCCUCACCCGCUAAGGGGACUCCCCUACUUCCAUCACCCACUGAGGGGUCUCCCCAAUGUCCCUCACUUGCUGAGAGCUCUGCCCGCCACUCUCAGCUUCCAGAAGCCCAGAGUCCUGCAGUUUCUGGGCCCUCUCCCUGCCCCACUGUGACCCCAGCAGCCCCAACUGUAGUCCUGCCUGAUGAGAGUCAGAGCUCUGGCUGCUCCCCGAGCGUAGUAGGGCUCCCUGCUGUGGCAGCUCCAGAGGCCCCUGCGCCCAGCAGCCCGGCCCUUGAGAAGGUGUCAGGGCCCCCCAGCCUGGAGCAGCCCCCCGCUACCUCUGCCCAGCCCCUGCCUGAGGUGGGUGAGUUUUCAGAUCUUCCUCGGACGUUUCCAUCUGGGGACGUGGUGGCCAAGGGUGAUGUAGAUCUCCGUCCCGUCAGCCUGGCUCAACGCCGAUUUUCUGAGGGGGUGCUCCGGCCGCCUGGCCAAGACCAGGAGAAACUGGGGGGCUCGCUGGCUGCCCUGCCCCAAACCCAGGGGAGCCAGUCUGCCUUGGAUCGUCCCUUUGGGAGUGGGACGGAGUCCAACUGGAGCUUGUCACAGUCCUUUGAGUGGACCUUUCCCACACGGCCUUCGGGUCUGGGGGUGUGGCGGCUGGACUCCCCGCCUCCCUCUCCCAUCACUGAAGCCACCGAGGCCGCCGAGGCCGCUGAGGCUGGUGACUGGGCUGCGUCCAGCAGAGAGAAAGGAGCGUCCCCGCAGGGGCGAGGGGCCCAGCCCACUCCAGAGGGGCCGGGGGUUCCUGGUUCCUGGGUGCCGGUGGAUGAUCCGGCCAUCUCCCCAGCCCAGAAGGGGGAGGGGGAGAGCCAGCCCCAGUCCCCAGUUGUUCCCCUCAAGCCCUUGUCAACACCGGGGGGCCCAGCUGGAGUGGCCUUGCUGCAGGCAGAGGAGAGAUAUGAGGAGCAGGCGCCUGUGGCUGGACAGGAGUCCCUGCCCCCUCUGGCCACCGGGGAGGCUGCUCUGCCCAUUCUGGAGCCUGUCCUGGGUCAGCAGCAGCCAGCACCCCCCGACCAGCCCUGUGUCCUCUUCGCUGACACCCCAGACCCCCGGCAGGCAUUGCCUGCUGAGGAGGAGGCCGUCACCCUGGUGCAGGCCGAGGCCACCCAACCCAGGACAGAAGCUCAAGAUCCCUACCGUGCAUCCCCCGAGCCCGCAGGCCCUGAGAGCAGCUCCCGCUGGCUGGACGACCUCCUGGCCUCGCCACCACCUGGUGCUGGCAGUGCGAGGCGGGGAGGCGGCCCUGAGCUGAAGGACACACAGACCCCAAGUGCCUGCUCUGAGGGACUCCUUGGCUGGGCCCAGAAAGAUCUGCAGAGUGAAUUUGGGAUUAGAGCGGACCCCUGUCCCAGCAGUUUUCGUUCUUGCAGCUGGUCUCAGGACGCUUCUCAGGACUAUGGCCUUGGUGGUGCAAGCCCUAGAGGGGACGCAGGCCUUGGUGAGGGGGACUGGACCAGCAAGCGCGGGCAAGCAGCUGGGGAAGGGAGCUCCCGGGAGUGGGCCAGCGGGUGUGGCAUCGGCCAGGAGGAGGUCAGGGCUGCCGGCCAGGACGGGAGUGGAGUGCCCCAGGACUGGGGGAUUGGAAAGCCAGCCCAGCCUGGCCCUCCGCAAAGCCAGGAGACAGAUGUUCAGGACUGGGAGUUCAGGAAGAGGGAUUCCCAGGGCACCUACUCCAGCCGGGAUGCAGAACUCCAAGACCAGGAGUUUGGGAAGAGAGACUCGCUGGGUACUUACAGCAGUCGGGACGUAAGCUGCCUUCAGGACUGGGAGUUUGGGAAGAGAGACUCGCUGGGUGCUUAUGCCAGCCGGGAUGCAGACGAGCAGAGCCAGAAAUUUGGGGAGAAGGACCACCUGGCAGACGGGCAGGACCAGGAGUUUGGGAAGAGAGAGUCUUCACUCAGCACCUAUGGUAGCCGGGGCGUGGAGUCGCCAGAUCAGGAUUUUGGGAAGAGCGCCUGGACGAGGGACUAUAGUGGCAGCGGUAGCUGCUCGGCCCCUGGGCCCCAGGACAGAGGCUUUGGAGGUAGAGCCCUGAGCGCCGGCUUCAGCCCUGAGGAAGCCCAACAGCAGGACGAGGAAUUUGAGAAGAAGCUUCCAAGUGGCGGAGAUGGUAUGGGCCAGACCAGCAGGGCUGCAAGCCCACCUGAAGAGAGAGAAUCGGGGGGCUUGUUCGGCCCCAGCACGCCCCAGCCCCAGGACGGGCCACUGGGACCGAGAGACCAGAGCAGCUGGCACGGUGGCCCUUCUGGCCAGGACGCCGGAGGGCUGCAGGGGAGGCAGCAGCCAGGGGGCCAGAACCCGGGGGACGCUGGCCCCGAAGACAGGGAGGUGGGCCUACGGGGCUGGGCGGGCGACUUCAGCCUCGGAGUCGUGCCCCAGCCGGAGGCUGCCUUCAGCUCUGGGCAGCCAGAUUGGCGAUGUGACUUCUGCGCAGAGGCUGCCGAGAGGGGCCAUCAGUUUGGCAUCAUCGGUGAUGAUCGGGCAGGUGGUGGUGGCCUGAGCCCAUCUGGCCAGAUGGCAGGUGGCCCCUUUGUACCUCGAGAGCAGACCCCGACUGGGCCUAUGGACUGGACCGACCAGCUGGGCCUCAGGAACUUGGAGGUAUCCAGCUGUGUGGCUUCUGGGGGCCCGAGCGGGGCCAGGCAGGAAGCCGUGGGACACAUGGGCUGGUCAGAGGAGCUGGGCCUGAGAGACGUGGACCUGGCCAGCCGUUUGGAGGCUGGGGGGUCUGAGGAGCCCAGGGGCGUUGGGGUCGGGGAGAAGGACUGGACCUCCGAUGUGGGCUUGAGGAACAGGGAUCUGGCUGGUGUCGGGGAUGUGGGGGCCCGCAGCCAGGCCAGAGAGAGCGGCGUGGGGCAGACCGACUGGUCAGGUGUGGAGGCCGGAGAGUUCCUUAAAUCCAGGGAGCGUGGGGUGGGACAGGCAGACUGGAUGCCAGACCUUGGGCUGAGGAGCAUGGCCCCGGGGGCAGGCUGCAGCCCCAGAGAGCUCGGGGCGGGCCAGGUAGACUGGGGCAGUGGUCUGGGCCUGAAGAAUUUGGAGGGGCCAUGUGACCUAGAGUUUGGAGGUUCUCGGGACUCACGGGGAUGUGGAGUGGGCCGGAUGGACUGGACCCAGGACUUGGGACUCCGGGAUGCGGAGUUCUCGGGGGCCCUGAGUGAAGCCAGGGAGCACGGGGUAGGAGAGGUCAGCCAGUGCCCAGAGCUAGGGCUGAGGGACAAUGGUGUCUCAUCCCUGGGCCUGGAACCCAGAGAGCUGGGACCUGGUGGGCCCAGUGGGCCAGGGACCCAGGCUGAAGACCACUCCCCACCUUUGCCGGAGAGCGGCCCUGAAGAACCCGGGAUGGAGACGGGAGAAGCCUCUGACUUUGGAACCAGUCCUGGUGGGUGCCCGGCCCGCUCCCCGCCCUCUGGCUCCCAGGGCCUGCUGGAGGAGAUGCUGGUGGCCCGCCGGGAGUCGGCAGCCUCAGGCCGCCGGGGUCCGGCAGAGGAGGAAGGAGCCACAGCAGGUGCUGACCAAGGGGGCCCCCUGGAGCCUGGCGGGGACCCUCUGCCCUCCUGGAGGCCACAGCCCGAUGGUGAAGCCAGCCAUACAGAAGCGGUGGACGGCACCUGGAGCCCUUCGGGGGUCGGGCAGGCCGAGCAGGGCCCGACGCGCCCCCCUCGGCGACCCCCCCAAGGCCCUCCCCCCCGAUCCCCCAGUCAAGACUUCUCCUUCAUUGAGGACACCGAGGUCCUUGACAGCGCCAUGUACCGGAGCCGUGCCAACCUGGGCCGCAAGCGUGGGCACCGGGCCCCGGCCAUUCGGCCCGGGGGCACCCUGGGCCUGUCAGAGGCAGCAGACUCGGACGCACGCCUGUUCCAGGACUCCACAGAGCCACGAGCAUCUCGGGUGCCAUCUUCAGAUGAGGAGGUGGUGGAGGAGCCUCAGAACCGCCGGACACGGAUGUCCUUGGGCACCAAGGGGCUCAAGGUCAACCUCUUUCCUGGCCUGAGUCCGUCAGCCCUGAAGGCCAAGCUGCGCCCCCGGAACCGCUCAGCUGAGGAGGGGGAGCCUGCGGAGAGCAAACCCAGCCAGAAGGAGUCUGCAGUGCAGCGUUCCAAGUCCUGCAAGGUCCCAGGGCUGGGGAAGCCCCUUACAUUACCUCCCAAGCCAGAGAAAUCCUCAGGGUCAGAAGGAUCAUCGCCCAACUGGUUACAAGCCCUGAAGCUGAAGAAGAAGAAGGUCUGAGAAGUUCUCAAGGUCCUUCCCAUCUGGCAGUCUCAGGCAGUGCCCAUUCCUGUGGGGUCCCCGGCAAGGAGAUGACUGGAGCCCCACCAUGCCCCAGGCUGCAGCCUCUGUCCCCUCCGCCUCUGAGGAGCGUCUGGGGAGGCACAUUUAUGCACUUUGUAUCCCCUUCCCGACUCCCCCUCCCAUCUCUCCCCCUUCCCUCCUGACCAGAUUCAGGCGUUAGUGGUUGAAGGUUUUGAUCCCUCCCCCCCUCGCUCUCUUCACGCCUCCCUCUCUGCUUCCUCCCCAGCCUCCCUCGGGUUUUCUUUUGAUACCAAUUUAUAGCAUUUUUUAUAAAAGCCUUUGAUUUUUGUAAUGGGCAGAGCCCUGCCCCAGCCCCACCCCGGGUCCCCGUCCUGCCAGGUGUCCCACAGAGACCAAUAACAUUUUGCCACUUGAAACAAUAAAGUUUUUUGGGAAUUGGUGCUG